AAAUCAAGUUCAUAAACUUGGAACUCUAGGUAUUCAUCAAGCUGAAGAAAGAUAGAGCAUAUCCUUAGGCUCUAAAGCAGCAGGUGCAGCCUCUUGAUGCAUGGCCCUUUCAAUGUAUUCAUUGAGUAAAAUACCGCAAAAAAACUUGGUAGUGCUCUUUAUACAAUUAGCAGGAGCACUUUCAAAUUGAAGAGGUUAGACAAUAUAAAAUUAUAUGCAUAUGUUGUGGAUGAAUUUUCAGAAAUACACGAUAUUCACACAUCCAUAUAUAAAUGUUAUGUUCAAAUAAUUUUUUUUAUUAGUCACAAAUCUAGAAUCUCAACAAAAGUUAGGGUCUCUGAAAUGGCUAGAUGACAAAUACUAAUUAUUUUCGGCUAAAUAACAAUAUUUUUUUCUUAGAAACAUGAAUAAUGAGAUGUGUAGUUGAUUUCUUAACGUUACAUUUAUUUGACCAGGUAUCAGGAAGUACCGCUUGUGGAACCUCAAUAUCCACGGGCUUGAACAAUAAAAACAUGUUAUUCAUUUAUUUGACCCAUUUAGAUGCUAGUUCUUUAUAUGUGUAAUAUAAACCGAGUCUCGUUGAAGUUGCUUGUUGAGGAUGAGGUCAACAAUUGCGAUAGAGUAGAUUUGAAAAGUCAAAGAAGCUCGACGAAUCUGUCCUACUCAUCACUUAAUUUCUAUUAUUAUAUACAAUAAAAACAUAAAAUUGUUGGACUUUUCAAAUUGGCAGCCAAACGCUGACCGUAUCAAACUUUCAAAUCAAAUAAGAUACAACCAUAAAAUCUUAUCACCAUCACACUCCAUAUAUAACAACACAUUGAUAAAACUCUUCCUCAUUACAACAACAACAAACAACAAACAACAAACUCUUUUCUUCACUUUUUCUCUGUACAUCAUCUUAUUGACUUGUUUAUUUUACGGUUAAAUUAAAAGAAAUCGAAAGAUGGAAAUGCUAAGAAGCUUUAGCACGAGGACAAGAAGCCGCCGUGGAGGCUACGAGCGAGUAAGUGAUGAUUCAACUUUCAGUUUACUCGGAGCCAAGCUAAAGAGAUCGACGAGUGUUCCUUACUACGCUCCAUCUAUCAAGCUUGGAGCUGGUGGUGUUCCAGCCAUACUAGAGGCCGAGCUUCCUCGUCAGAAAUCCAAGAAAGUCAAACCUCCAGGCAAAUUUAGCCACCCUAUCUUUAGCUUCUUAUACGGCAAGAAGAAGAAGCCGUCGACGACAAGGAAACCUGAGUUUUCUAGGUAUCUUGAGUAUCUAAAAGAAGGUGGUAUGUGGGAUGCGAGAACUAAUGCGCCUAUUAUUUAUUACAAGUAGAUGAUGAGCUUAUGGAAAACGAAAAAUCAAGAAAACUUUCAAGUUUUUGUUUAAUUCAAAUGAGAGUUCAUGAUGUCCUUUAGUUUUGUAAUAAUAUUUGUAUUAUUGUAUAUUACAGUAUCGAUUCAUUAAUUUGUUUAUAAAAAUACAAGUGCUGGACACAAGAUUGUAUGGUUUGAGCAUAAUUUGAUUUGAAU